AUGGAGAAUGAUAUGGAGGCUGUGCAAUGGUGCAACAUAUGCUCCAAAAUGGUUCACCCAAUGACUAAUGCUGAGAACAAGUGCCCAUUUUGUGAGACAGAAUUUUGUGAGGUAAUGGACAACCUAAGGGACCAGAAUGAUGUUAUUGAUUUAAGGUCAGCUUGGGUGUUCUCACUUUAUGCCCCAAUCUUUCUUGGCUUAUUGAGUGCUUUUAGCCCUUCUGUAGCAAGCAUUUUUUCACAGGGGAGUAGCAGCUCAAGAGGGGAGGAAGAGGUUGAACAAGAGAGGGAUAAUGAACUUGUUCUUGGUGGAAGGAGAAGCACCUCAACUUACAUGAUGCAACUUUUCAGGGGUCUUCAUGUAAGGAUGGUGUCUGAAUUUGAGAACCUUGAAGACACUAGGAACAUGGAUAGUAGUAGUAUACUUGUCCUUGAUCCAUUCAAUGAAGGUGCAUUGAUUGUUAGAGGUCCUAACUUGAACCACACAACUAGUCCAAAUGAGAAUGUUGUUAGCCCCUUCAAUGACAUUGUGGUAGGAUCUGGCUUUGAUUUGUUGCUGCAACAUUUGGCACAGAUUGGCCCUGGUGGAUAUACAAGUGUGAACCCUCCAGCACAGAAGGCAGCAAUUGAAGCAAUGCCUUGUGUGACUAGUGAGGAAAAAUUGCAAUGUACAGUGUGUUUGGAGGAUGUUGACAUUGGAAGUGAAGCAACGGAGAUGCCUUGUAAGCAUAAAUUCCAUGGUGACUGCAUAAUCUCAUGGCUUAAACUUCAUGGUUCUUGUCCAGUUUGCAGGUUUCAGAUGCCAUCUGAUGAUUCAACUGUUGAAGCCAAUGUGAGGAUUGGAAAUAGGGACAAUCAAAACAGUGAGCUAGUUAGAGCUGGAGAAGAGAGAACAAGAAAUGGAAGGAGGACUUGGUUUCCAAUGCUGCAGUCAUUUAAUAAUUUUCUUCCUUCACCUUGA